AUGGGAGAGUUGGAGAUGGGAGAGCUGGAAAUGGGAGAGCUGGAGAUGGGAGAGCUGGAGAUGGGAGAGUUGGCGAUGGGAGAGCUGGAGAUGGGAGAGCUGGAAAUGGGAGAGCUGGAGAUGGGAGAGCUGGAGAUGGGAGAGUUGGCGAUGGGAGAGCUGGAAAUGGGAGAGCUGGAGAUGGGAGAGCUGGAGAUGGGAGAGUUGGCGAUGGGAGAGCUGGAGAUGGGAGAGCUGGAGAUGGGAGAGUUGGAGAUGGGAGAGCUGGAGAUGGGAGAGCUGGAGAUGGGAGAGUUGGCGAUGGGAGAGUUGGAGAUGGGAGAGCUGGAAAUGGGAGAGCUGGAGAUGGGAGAGUUGGAGAUGGGAGAGCUGGAGAUGGGAGAGCUGGAGAUGGGAGAGCUGGAGAUGGGAGAGCUGGAAAUGGGAGAGCUGGAGAUGGGAGAGCUGGAGAUGGGAGAGCUGGAAAUGGGAGAGCUGGAGAUGGGAGAGCUGGAAAUGGGAGAGCUGGAGAUGGGAGAGUUGGCGAUGGGAGAGCUGGAGAUGGGAGAGUUGGCGAUGGGAGAGUUGGAGAUGGGAGAGCUGGAAAUGGGAGAGCUGGAGAUGGGAGAGCUGGAGAUGGGAGAGUUGGCGAUGGGAGAGCUGGAAAUGGGAGAGCUGGAGAUGGGAGAGCUGGAGAUGGGAGAGUUGGCGAUGGGAGAGUUGGAGAUGGGAGAGCUGGAGAUGGGAGAGCUGGAGAUGGGAGAGCUGGAGAUGGGAGAGCUGGAGAUGGGAGAGCUGGAGAUGGGAGAGCUGGAGAUGGGAGAGCUGGAGAUGGGAGAGCUGGAGAUGGGAGAGCUGGAGAUGGGAGAGCUGGAGAUGGGAGAGCUGGAGAUGGGAGAGCUGGAAAUGGGAGAGCUGGAAAUGGGAGAGCUGGAGAUGGGAGAGUUGGCGAUGGGAGAGUUGGAGAUCUACGUCCGCGUUGGAGAUCGCAGAGGAGGAGCUUGCCGUGCGAGUCGCGAAGGCCCCUGGCGACCGCGGACGGCAGAGUCGGCCUUUGCCUCGCCGUGGCUCUGGCGUCAUGUCGGCGUACUUCAUGCGGAAAUCGCGUCUUGGAAAUGGAAGAUUCGAGUCUCUCUUGGGGUUGACAGCUCGUGUUGCAGGUCACGUUGCAGACUAGAUGCAAAGUGCAUAGCUAAGUCUUACAUAUACUUUGCUCCACAGCGCCCUAACCUCCUUUGCGUCCUGAUCUCACUCGCCGCGCCCAUUAGCCGGCCCCUAAAACCUCCCUGUGCAAUCUCCCAUUACAACGCUCGCUAA